GGAGACGAGAAAAUCUCAUUGCGCAGGCCACUCACGCCUGAAGCUUGUUCCCCCUUUCUCCCUAGUCCAACGUCGAUGCGCAAACACCCUGCCCAGGCCCCAAACCGAACUCGAAAAGUGCUCGAGCUCUGCUCUGCCAGACUGUGUGGACGGUAUCCGUACGGAUCCCCAAUUCGAUUGCUUGAGGGGUCCCGAAAUCACCUCCCCUGGAUGCAAUCCAUGACUCCAUGAGGUACUUGAACACGGCCCAUCCCCCCCAGGCCCAAAGGGUCUCUGUUUUUGGUUUUCGAGAAUCUUUCCUGUGAUCGAUCCCCAGCCUCUUCCGUCGUUUCUUCCUGUGUUUCUCCCAUCGUCUCGGCUGCCCACCCACUCACUCACUGCCUUGGUCCAUACUCAAUACCAUCAGCCUCAACUGACAGUUUCUUCAAGCCGUCUUUCUACUUGAGCUUUCCCAGCUCUCCUUCAGUGGCCACUUCGUCAUUAAUUCAGAUACCUACGCUGGUCUCACUUUGUGUACCUUGUCUCGGUCUUGACUAUUCAGCCGCCACCCUCACUACCUGGCCACCACAUACAAAUCCUUACUAUUGGUCUUCAACUCGAUUGGCGCUUCGCUGUUCCUGUCUCUUCGACCUUCAGCUCAUCUCAACACCAGCCUCAGACAGUUUGCUUCCCCGUUUUCGACAGAUCACGAGAGAAAAAAUCGAACCAUUUCCUAUACUACGUAUCCGUAGUACAACCUUGAUCUACAACACCUCGACGAUUGUUACCUGGGCACGUCAUUGUUUCCCAGUUCGUCCUAAUAACCUUGCAAACCCAAAGGUUCACCCGCAAGCAAAUACCUAGCCGUGGGAACAUCUAGACGUCUGAAAAGCCCAACAUUCCUGCCGCAGCUUCUGACACAAACCCUGGACGAAGAUCAUUCUGGGUGCUAAGGUCAACCGUCGACCUGCACGCGACCUGCACGAAAGUUCAGACGACUUGAGACUGUUCCCGAGUCCCGGUACAACGCCCGUUACGCAUUUCGGGGUAACCCACUUACACCCGAAUCGUUGCCUCGUGCUUUAUCGAACACGUCUGGCCUUCUUCAGCCCUCGUUUGUCGCUCUCGUCUUUCCUGAGCCAACUUUGCAUCUGCCUUGAUACUUCGAUUUCAGCAUAAGUCAUAAGUGUCACCAACAAACACUAUCGUCUGGUUCAACAACGCGCCGGCUUGCUAUUGGCCCUUGGACCUCAACCCGCACUAUCGACUUCCCGAGUAGCCAUUGGUCUCAUAUCGGACGAAAAGGUGGCGAGCUGAGUUAGUCGUCGUCCAUCACUCAGCCAACCUAGUAUCGCGAACUCUCUUCACACGCGCAAGCACUCUAAAUCUAUCACAAUGGGCGGUUUAAUACCUCUCCUCCUUAAGCCCGCUGCCGCCGGCUCCCGUGGCAGCGUUAUUUUUCCUAUCAACAGAGCACCGUCGCCCAGCGCCCCCAUCACAACACCACAGCCUGCGGCAACGUCACCAACCAUGGCCACCAGUUCAGUCGGACCUCCUAAGGCUCGAGUGCACAAGCGGUCUGCAUCGCAGCCGGCACCGCUCCCCGUUCUGCCUUAUACAUCUGCUGAAUGGAGCAAGGCAGUCUCUGAGGUCAAGCGUCAGUACAUUAACCGCAAGUACCGACCGUGCUCCUUGCGUUGUUGCGAGAUCCUAGACAACAUUAAGGAAUCUGCAAACGUUGAGCCGGCUUAUCUCAUCUAUCUUCACUUCUACGCUGCCAGCUCUUUUGACAUGCUCUCCCGGCCUUUGCAAUGCGCCUCGCCGUAUCGGACACGGCUUCUCCAACAAGCUCGUGAACAUUACACUCGAGCCUCGGAACUGAGCAAGGCGGCGGAUGAGACCAUGGCUCGCUCAUCACGCCCAUCCUCAGCGGCGACCUCAAGUAUGCAUUCGCCUUCGAGCUCUACUUCAUCCUCGCGGACGUGGACCAACUCAACCGCUUUCUCGUCACCCACGCCGUCCGUGUGCUCCGUCGAGGACGCCGUGAACAAGCUCUCCGCGACCCAACCCCCACCAAAGAAGCGCGUCACCUUCUGUGACGUUCCUGAAGAGCCGUUCAUCCGCCCCGACUCUCCCACUCUCGGCUUUGACGACUUUCUCUGUGCCCCACCACAGCCCGAACCCCCGCGCUACCUCCCAGUUCUCCAAGAGGAGCCUGAGCCUGCCGAUGAGCCCGCGGAGGAGGUUGCGAAGGCAGCAACGCCCGAGCCCCUGAACGAGGACUGCGAUGCCUUCGACUUCCUUCAAGAACGCUCCAUCCACCGCUACUGCGGCUUGCUCUCCAGCCUACGAUCGCAGAUCGCAGUUCACAUUUCCAACGUCGAAGAGCAGCUCGCGGCACCCCGGCAAAGCGAUACGGGACGCCACUCUCUCCCCGCCAGGGCAGCGACUCCAGAGCUCAGCGAUGAGUUGCGUAAUCUUGACAUCAAGGCCCGUAUUGAGCGUCUGCGUCAGAACAACUGGCAAAGACGUCGCUUCGAUAUCGGCCGUUACGAGGCGCUUCGCGAGAGCGUUCUCGCCGAGUUGGAAUGAACCGUUACUUCCAGAUGAUCGAACACUCGUUUCCUCGUAUCUCGCACUUUUCUCCACCCGUUUCCAGUCUACAAUGAUACCACCGACCUCCGGUCUUUCUUUCUUAUACUGUACCAUGAUUUGAAGCAAUAUUGUCCAUUUAUUCCACGGCGAAAUAAAAAGCAUCUAGCGGAGUUUGUCACCCACCGUUCGGCAGCAUCUCAGGGCAGGGCGGCGCACUUGAUUGGUGGUCUCUGUUUUUUCAAAUUUCUCUCUCGAUAUACCUUGUACAAGCACAACAACGACUCGUUACGAACCCAAAACAAAACAAUUAGUAGUAGUAGUAGUAUUAGUAGAGAGCACAUGGGUUCAAGGACCAGCGGGGGAGUCUAUCACGGACUCAACCCCCCUUCUCCCCGACUUCAAGUAGCAGCAAUGCCGAAUAGCAAAGUUCCAUCUUGAUA